UUAAUUCAUUGGGUUUCCUGCGUCUCUUGUAACCCUGCAGUGUAGGCUUAAUGUAUUUUAUCUGUAAUUUUACAGGAAUAUCCUCUCUCAACCGGAAGAAUUGGGCAUGUUCAUCAUGGUCGCGCGCCAAUAAUCAAACUCUUAUCUUCCAGUUAUAGAAUGGGUAGAAGGAAGCAAAAGCAACCUCAUCGCUCUGGUGGAAUAAGAUUUGAAGAUCCCGUGAGUCCCAAGACACAGGUUGAUAUUAAUGGGAUUGUGGAAACUGUAGAAUCAUCAGACAUCAAACUUGAUGAGGUUAAUGAGCCAUUGUUUGUGGAAGUUGAUCGAACUGGAUGGCAUUCCAAUGAGCACCAUGAUAUUUCUGAAGUUGUUCUAAUGGAUAUAAGGUUAGAACACCCUUUUGUUGGUAUACAAUCGGAAGAAAUUUUUUGUGAGAGCUCGAGAUACUCUUUAAGGUUUCGUUUGUGCAAUGACAAUGGAUUUCUCCUUGAUCGUAUUAAGUUUGGUCAUUGGCCGGUUUUAUCUUCAAAUGAUAUAUCGUUGGAACUAAUUGAGAGACGCGUAGAGGAAGAUAUGAACGGUUGCUCGGUGGUGUUAUCAGGUAGUUUUGAUGGACCUGAUGAGGCCAUAUCUGGCCUUGUUCAUCUUGCACAUUUGAAGUUUGUGACAUUGAGGCCAGUUAUGGGUGUCUCCUUUUCCCAAAAUAUGGGAUCUCUCCGGUUGAGGGUGGAAAUAUUGUCGAGUGCUUUUGAUGCCUGUGGGUCAAUAUUAGAUAGUGGUCGGCAGCUGUGGAAAAAGAGUAUGAUGAAUACCAUUGCUUGGUUGCGUCCUGAAGUAGUAUCAUCAGAGGUCAAGUAUGGAGUUGUUGGAUCAACUAAUAUGGACGCUCAUUUGCAUCGCGAGACAGGGGAUGAUGCAUCCAGCUCCAGGAAACAUGUAAAUUUUGAUUCUGUUGCCUUUUAUGAUGCCAUUAAGCCAUCAAAAGAUGAUCCCAUGCUUGAUGAAGACAUACCCAAUUUGCUUCCAAAACUAAGACCUUAUCAGCGUCGUGCAGCCUACUGGAUGGUACAACGGGAGAAAGGAUUUUCGAGAAAUUUUGGUGUGGGAGAAAACGUGCAGCUUAUUUCUCCCCUGUGUAUGCCCCUGGAAUGUCUUGAUACUCGUUCGAGAAUGUUCUACAAUCCUUUCAGUGGAGAUCUUACUUGGAACGCAGAGCAAAUUUUACCGCAUGUUUACGGGGGCAUUCUAGCUGAUGAAAUGGGUCUAGGAAAAACUAUUGAACUACUGGCUUGCAUACUUUCUCAUCGGAUGUCGGUGUUUGAAAGUGGAAAAGGCCUUGAUGAUGAAUUGCAACCUCUUGUUGGAGAUCAGAGAACCAAAUUUAAAAGAUUAAAGAGGGAGCGUGUUGAGUGCGUGUGUGGAGCUGUUAGUGAAAAUCACAGAUACGAAGGGUUGUGGGUUCAAUGUGAUAUCUGUGACGCAUGGCAACAUGCUGACUGCGUUGGUUAUUCACCUAAAGGAAGAAUUCUCGAACCCGUUGACACUAAGGAUGGGAACUGUAGAAAGGACAAGAGAAAUAAAAGGAAUACAGUAAAUGUAACUGUUAGAGAUGAGGAACAUGUCUGUAUGCCAUGCUUAGAGCUGAUGCAGGCUACUGAUUCCCCAAUGACUACAGGUGCAACACUAAUUGUCUGUCCAGCUCCCAUAUUAUUCCAGUGGCAUGCCGAGAUUUUACGUCAUACUCAUCCAGGUUCAAUAAAACUACUUGUAUACGAGGGAGUGAGAGAUACUUCUCUUUCAAACACUUCGCCUGUGCAGAUCAACGAUAUCAUCAAUUCUGAUAUAGUCUUAACAUCAUAUGAUGUGCUCAAAGAGGACCUAUCCCAUGAUUAUGAUAGGCAUGAAGGCGAUCGACGCUUCAUGAGAUUCCAGAAGAGGUACCCUGUUGUCCCGACUCCUCUCACCAGGAUCUUUUGGUGGAGGAUUUGUUUGGAUGAGGGACAAAUGGUCGAGAGCAAUGCUACUGCUGCUACAGAAAUGGCUUCACGGCUUUAUGCUAGUCACCGCUGGUGCAUUACGGGGACUCCCAUACAAAGGAAACUUGAAGAUUUAUAUGGACUACUGCGAUUUGUGAAAGCAAGUCCAUUUAAUGUUCACAGAUGGUGGGUUGAAGUUAUAAGAGAUCCUUAUGAGAGAAGGGAUCCUGGCGCUAUGGAAUUCACACACAAAUUCUUUAAGCAAAUAAUGUGGCGUUCUUUAAAAGUACACGUUACAGAUGAAUUGCAGCUACCUCCUCAGGAGGAGCAAGUCACUUGGCUGACGUUUUCACCAAUUGAAGAGAACUUCUACCAGAGGCAGCAUGAAACUUGUGUGAGUUAUGCCCGUGAAGUUAUUCAAGGUUUGAAAGAUGAUUUUGUCAAAAGGAAAGUCCCAGGAUUUGUCUCUUCUGAUGUUCCAUCUGAUAUUCUUAUCACCCAUGCCGAUGCUGGAAAGCUGCUGAACACACUUUUGAAACUUCGCCAAGCUUGCUGUCACCCACAAGUAGGAAGUUCGGGACUUCGCUCAUUGCAACAAUCCCCAAUGACAAUGGAGGAAAUUUUGAUGGUCCUUGUUAGUAAGACCAAGAUAGAAGGAGAGGAAGCUCUGAGGAGGACAGUUGUUGCUUUAAAUGCACUUGCUGGAAUAGCUAUAAUCGAGAAGAAAUUUUCUGAAGCCCUCUCACUAUAUAAAGAAGCUCUGGAAUUGGCAGAGGAAAACAAUGAAGAUUUUCGCGUAGAUCCUUUGUUGAGCAUUCACAUCCAUCACAAUCUUGCUGAGAUACUACCAUUAGCCAUGGACCAGAUACAAUCUCCUUUGAAAGAUCAAUUUUAUCCAAGAACGUGUGAAGUGAAGGCCUCCAAGAUGGAUGAUUCUGAAAAGUCCGAUAAUCAUAUCAUAAAGAAACAAAAAGUCAACGGAACCCUGUAUGCUCCUUGUAGUGAUACCGAGAAGAUCAUCGACAGUCCUCUUGAGCUGACAGGACUAGAUGAGAACGCCAAAAAGGAGGAGAAUUACGAGCCUCAUCGGUCAAGUAGUUACUUCAAUGAUAAUUAUUUAAGAAAAGCAUGCGAGGCUAUGAGGCAGAAAUAUCUAGCUGUCUUUUCCUCGAAGCUAUGUAUUGCCCAGCAAGAGUUCACAAAGUCCUACGUACAGGUCUGCAAUGAACUCAAGAGCAGGGAAAAUCUUAACGAAGUUUGGUGGUUACAAGCAGUUCACCAUGCUGAACAGAACAAGGACUUCUCGCACGAGUUGAUAAGAAAGAUUGAAGAGGCUGUAUCUGGAAACCUUAAUAAUUCGAAAUCUAGAGUGGGAUCCCGUUUCCGCAGCAUUGAUGCUUUGAAGUAUCAUGUUCAGACUGGUUUGGACCUUUUGGAAGCUUCGAGAAAAUUGGUGAUCGGUCGACUUUUAGAAAUUGAUCAGACCAUGGAAAGUCCAAAAGAUGAAGAUAUUGAACGUGUUCGAUACUGUCAAAAUUGUCAGGCUGACAGUAAUGGACCACCUUGUGUUCUUUGUGAACUAGACGAACUAUUUCAGGAAUAUGAGGCAAGACUUUUCCGGCUCAAUACAGUACAGGGAGGAAUGGUUACUUCUGUUGAAGAGGCAGUUGAAGCUCAGAAGAAGAAGUCUGCACUUAAUCGUUUUUAUUGGAGUCUAUUGCAACAAAAUAAAAACUUAAGUUCAUCUAGAGAUGGAUAUGAAGAAUCUAACAAAAGAGAUGCUGGAGAAAGAGUUGUGGUGUCUAAGCAUCCUUCUGAAUUGGAGGUUGUUCUUGGUGUUAUCAAGAACUUCUGUAAGACACAGCUUGGAAAAGAAAGUAUAGCAGCAGCCAACAAACAGCUACACCUUCUGGAGUACAUGCGAAAGGAGUAUGGACAUGCAAGGUCCUUAGCCAUUGCUCAAGCUCAAGUUUUGAAUGCUCAUGACGAAAUUAAGAUGGCAACCACGAGAUUAUGCUUAAGGGGCAAUGAUGAUGACGACUCAGCUUAUGCUAUUAGUGAGCAUGAGCUUCCUGCAGCUAGUGUCCAAUAUUCUAGCAAUAAGUUCGUGUCCUUGGCUACGUUAUCGCGUGUCAAAGGGAAACUUCGUUAUUUGAAGGGUUUGGUGCAAUCUAAGCAAAACAUACCAUUAGGUAGUUCUAGCAAUCCAGCAUCAACUCAAGUACCGGAUAUCACAUCUACAUCAGUGGAACAAAAAAGUGAGAACACAUUGAAAGCUGAUGAAGAAUCAUGCCCUGUUUGCCAAGAAACACUAAGCAAUCAAAAGAUGGUUUUUCAAUGUGGACACAUGACAUGCUGUAAAUGUUUGUUUGCAAUGACUGAAAAGAAAUUGCGUGAUAGUACAAUUCAAACCAAAUGGGUGAUGUGCCCAACCUGUCGCCAACACACAGAUUUCGGGAAUAUCGCUUACGCGGAUGAUAGUAAAAAUGAAACACUCGAUCCUUCAACUUUGCACAAAACUUCCAGGGAGGAUGAAAGGUCCAUUAGAGUUCAGGGUUCCUAUGGAACAAAGAUUGAAGCAGUUGUAAGGCGAAUUUUGUGGAUCAAGUAUACAGAUUCCGAGGCAAAAGUCUUAGUUUUCUCUAGUUGGAACGAUGUUCUUGAUGUUUUACAAUAUGCCUUUGCUGCCAACAACAUUACCUUUGUCAGGAUGAAAGGAGGCAGGAAAUCUCAUACAGCCAUUAGUGAAUUUAGAGGACAGAAGAUCAAUGCAAAAGAAAAUCACAAGAAACAGCCAUUGGCAGAGGUUCCAGAAAUAAGAUCUGCUCAGGUUCUAUUGCUUUUGAUUCAGCAUGGAGCUAAUGGCCUGAACCUUCUAGAAGCUCAACACGUUAUCCUUGUGGAGCCACUGCUCAAUCCGGCUGCAGAAGCGCAAGCAAUUAGCAGGGUACACCGAAUUGGACAGCAAAAUAAGACGUUUGUUCACCGCUUCAUAGUUAAAGACACAGUGGAAGAGAGCAUACACAGGCUUAACCGAAGCAGAGAGAGUUCUUCCUUCAUCACUGGAAAUACAAAGAACCAAGAUCAGCCCGUUUUUACGCUUAAAGAAGUCGAGUCUCUGUUUGCAUCCAGACCAUCACCAUUGAGGGAAAGUGAUGAGAAGGAAAGUGAAACGCUAAGGCAUUUGGCUCCUUCCAUGGCUGCUACUAUUGCAGCUGAGAGGAGACUCAAAGAGCAUACAACGUAGGAUGUUUUAUUCAUGGAUUCUAAAUUAUGUUCCUUCUUUCCCUCUCAUCAAACAUGGGAAGUCGCUAGAAUGCCUUUCAUUUGUAAACUAUUAGGAUCGUGUACAUAAUGGAAAACAGUUCAAUGAAGACUAGAAACCGACUGAUUCUCA